AACUGGGGUCAUCUGUGGUCAUUAAUGGUCAUCUGUGGUCAACUGGGGUCAUCUUUGGUCAUCUACAGUCAUCCAUGGUUAACUGGGGUCAUCUGGGGUCAUCCCUGGUCAUCUAUGGUCAACUAGGGUCAUUCAUGGUCAUCUAUGGUCAUCCAUGGUCAUCCAUGGCCAACCGUGGUCAUCUGUGUCCAUCUUUGUUGACCAUAGUCACCAAUGACCAUCUAUGGUCAUCCAUGGUCAUCCAUGCUCAACUGGGGUCAUCUAUGGUCAUCCAUGGUCAACCGUGGUCAACCGUGGUCAUCUAUGGUCAUCCAUGGUCAACUGGGGUCAUCUGUGGUCAACUGGGGUCAUCUAUGGUCUUCCAUGGUCAUCCAUGGUCACCCAACGCCGCCUUCGGCGCGCACGACUUCCACCGCGUCUACAUCAGCUGAGCGGCCCGUGGUCAACCGUGGUCAUCUAUGGUCAACUGGGGUCAUCUAUGGUCAUCUGGGGUCAUCUAUGGUCAACUGGGGUCAUCUGUGGUCAUCCAUGGUCAACCGUGGUCAACCGUGGUCAUCUAUGGUCAACUGGGGUCAUCUAUGGUCAUCUGGGGUCAUCUAUGGUCAACUGGGGUCAUCUGUGGUCAUCCAUGGUCAACCGUGGUCAACUGGGGUCAUCUAUGGUCAUCUAUGGUCAUCUGUGGUCAACUGGGGUCAUCUGUGGUCAUCCGUGGUCACCCAACGCCGCCUUCAGCGCGCACGACUUCCACCGCGUCUACAUCAGCUGAGCGGCUGAUGGCCAACCGUGGUCAUCUGUGGUCAACUGUGGUCAUCCAUGGUCAUCUGUGGUCAACCGGGGUCAUCUGUGGUCAUCUGUGGUCAUCUCUGUCCAUCUUUGUUGACCAUAGUCACCAAUGACUGUCUAUGGUCAUCCAUGGUCAUCUAUGGUCAACUGGGGUCAUCCAUGGUCAUCUGGGGUCAACUAGGGUCAUUUAUGGUCAUCUAUGGUCAUCUAUGGUCAUCCAUGGUCAGCCAUUGUCAUCCAUGGUCAUCUAUGGUCAGCUGGGGUCAUUUGUGGUCAACUGGGGUCUUCUAUGGUCAACUGGGGUCAUCUAUGUUCAUCUAUGGUCAUCCGUGGUCAUCUGUGUCCAUCUUUGUUGACCAUAG